GGUCUAGAAAUUCCACCAUGAGUUAGCAUUCUGUACCUCUUGAUCAUGCUCCUCUGUCUCACUGCACAUUUUGGCAGUCUAUUAUCUCUUAUGGUCAUUAAUUCACCACAACACCGUUAUCUCUCUCUCCUUCAACCCUUCCCUUCCCAUCUUUAUCCUUUUCACUAACUCAUAUUUAUCCCUUAAAUACAUUCACCAUCAACACUCUUACCCCCCCCCCCCUUCAAAGUUUUUAGUGCAAUUUAUUGCAACACAAAAGGGGAGAGAAGAAUGAGAGACACCAAACUACCUGAAGUACUCUUGCUACUCUUCACCUUAAUUCUUGCAGCUAAAUUUACGCAAGGAAUUAGAACAGAAGAAUUGGUAUCUCAAUCCUCUCAUCCCCAAAGAGAAUCAAGUUUGGAGGAUGUCAAUGAGGCAUGGAAAAUGAGGAAUUCUAGGAGACUGAUGAUUGGAUCCACAGCACCAACUUGUACGUACAACGAAUGUAGAGGUUGUAAGUAUAAAUGCAGAGCUGAGCAAGUGCCUGUAGAGGGAAAUGACCCAAUUAAUAGCCCAUACCACUACAGAUGUGUUUGUCAUAGAUGAUAUAUGGUAUUUCAUAAUAAAUUAUAGCAUAAUGUAGCUUUUGAGUUCUAGUAGACGACUUUAUCUCCUGUAAGUCACUGCCAAGAGAACUUUAAUUCCUUAUUACUUCCACAAUCCUCUUUCCAAUGCUAGCUAGAAGUUGUGAGUGCCUGUGCUGAAAGGUGCAAAAAUUUUGCAUUUGCUAUGUUGUCAUUCAAUUACUAAUAAGAAGCCUAUUUGCUGUGUUUCAUUUUG